UUUUUUUGCUACUUUUCCAGGGGGGGGCAAGUGCCCCCUCUUGCCCCCUUCUGUUGACGCCCAUGUAUCACAGGCAGGUUUGCUUUCACUUCAAGAAUUGCAACAGGAUUUGGAACUCAAAGAUAGGGUCCUAAGAUCUUCUGGUGAGGCAUUAAUCAACAUGGUCCAAGGCAAGGAAAGUACUGUGCCCUGUGCAGACAAGGAGGGCUUGGUUUCCCUUUGGGAUGAUAUAAAAGGCAGUCCUUGCCCACCCAGUACAGAGAUGUGUCCAUCCUUGCCAGAUGAAUGCCCUGUAGAGAGAAUAUGGCAACGUGUUGUCGAUGACCUUUUGGUGAUUGGUGUAAAGCUCAGCAGCUCAGCGUAUCUAAGUGAGGCGUGUUGUAUAGAAGACCUUUUGGCUGUUUUAUCCACAUAUUUAAAAUGUUCCCUCCAUAUCUCCUCGCCUGACUGUACACUGACUUUAGUGAAAUUGUGGAUGAUUGGUCAUAUGCAGGGGGAACCUGUGCGACACAUCCCAGAAAUCAUUUGCAGCCAUAUACCUGGAAGUCUUGACGGCACUCUUUUUCUCUGGAAUCCACAGAGCCCUUGUGAAGGGAAACUUACCAUCUUUGCAAGGAAUAAGGCAGUGUUUCUCCAGUGCCUCUGCAGUCUCAAAAGUGUUCCUCCUCCAACCUGUGUGCUGAACAUUGUAAAACAAGAGGGCACACACUGUUUGGCUGAAAGCUUGGCGUUAUCCCUGGAAGAGGAGUUGCUGGCCCUCAGGAGCGCAAUAUUCACAUCAGCAAGCGAUGUUGAAGAAGACUUGACCCUGAGAAGUAAAAUGCAGAAAAAGCCCAGCAGCACAAUAACUCCUUUUUCCGACACUAAAGAAGACGUGGAGAGAUACAGAGAAGAGCUCUUAAUUGAGCAGGAGCAAAGUAAGCUGGGAGCUAACAUCACAAUAAAAAGCGACCAGUACAGACAACUCAUAGCAAAAGUAGCUCAGAUUCAAAUGAACUCUGACAGAAUUGCAGGGAAACUGGCCACUUUGUGAUCUCUGUGUCACAUUAAAUAUCACCUUGGAGGUUACUCUAAUAGUUGUGAUUUGUUCAUAUUCAGUCAGUACUGAAUAAUGCACCAUAAACUAUACUGCAGGCUUAAAUAUUUCAUUCAAAAUAGAUUCAAAGUGUUGUCAAGCGUAAGGCUAAGGCUUGUUUUAUACAGGUUACAAAUGGAAU